AUGCUUCAGGGCAGAGGUAUCAGGGCAGGUAUUGGGGGCAGAUGUGAGGGCAGCAGGCAGACUUGCAGAGACUCAGGUUCACAGAGAGGCAGAGAAGGAGGAAAAGAACAAGAAGAGAAGAAGAAGAGAAGAAGAAAAGGGCAGUUAAAGAGAGUGUGUUCCUUAACUGCUCGGCGGAAGAAGAUGGAAGAGUCCGCAGGCUCCUCUCAUCACCAUGGCGAUGCAGGUAGAAGUGAUUCACAGCCAGCAUGGCACCACCAGCCCUUGUUCCAGCCAGCAGACAGCCCGGCAUCCAGCAACAAUGGAGGAUUAUCAGACUUGACGGCAACUUACACCAUCCGCGAGAGCUGGACUCAAAGAAAGACGCACGAGACAGGGAAAGGAGAGGAAACGAGAGAGCGAGAGGGAGCCGGCCGGACAGGUCUUGAGACCCUACGCAACGUCCAUCCGGGGAGACGGCCGUCUGGUCUGUUCGAUCGAGAGAGCGAGAGAGCGAGAGAGAGGUCCAGAGAGAGACUGACUGGGGGGGGGGACGUCACCCAGGCCGGGUUGGUUGCGAGCGAGCGGCCAACGGGGGGUGGUGAGGCAGACGAGGCCAACGAGCGACUUGAACGAGGGUCCGGCGAGGACAAACGACGAGCAGCGAGCUGGAAGACGCAGACAGAGAAGACGCAAAAGGACGGUCAAGACGGUCAGAAGAGAGACAGAGAGAGAAACAGAGUGAGAGGGAAGAGGGAGAGAGAAGUUGGAAGAAGGGGAGGCAAAGAGACCGGCCUUGCGGAAGGUUUCCCUGGCCCGCCAAGUGUGCUUUUUCCUCCUGCUCGUCCGUCCCCUUUCGUGCCUCCAGACGGCGGCUUCGUAUCUUGUGCUGGCCGCCGCUGCUGCUGGACGUCUCUGCCGGCGGCCUCUGGCUUGUUUGCGGCGGCUGUCCUGGCUCAAUGGCUCGUCGGGCUCGCUGCAAGCUCGUCGCGAGUCUCACCCGAAGGCUUGUGA